AUGUCAAAUGAAACAGCGUCUAUGAGAGAAAUACAACACAACCGACAACUCAUUAUACAAGCUCUAAAUAAGAACACAACAAACUUUUCAAACUAUUCUAAGAUAUCUGAGUCAUUGAAAGAAGGAAACUUAAAACUGACUUUAAACCCAAUGACAGAUGAGUUUCUGUUUCAAGACAAUAAGAACCAUACUGUUUGUAUAAAUCCAACAAAAGGAACUUUAAACGAGAAACCUAUAAAUGAACUUCUUUUGAAAGCAGAUGUUGACAACAAAGCUGACAAAACAUAUGUCAUUGAAAAAGUUCAAGAAGAACAUGACAGAGCAGAUGCAACAUAUGCAACAAAAGAUGACGUUGAAAAUAAAGCUGACAAAGAAACUGUAGAUAUGUUGGCACAAACGGUUUCAAGUCAUGACAGAGCUUUAAUGGAAGAUGGACAACAGUUGAAAGAGCUUGAGAAAGGUGUUACAGAGUUAAGGAAUACAAAAGCAGACUCGACAUGGAUAGCUGGAUAUGUAGAUGCAACAAAAGAAUAUAUUUUCAAAUGGACAGAAGGAACAUAUCCACAAAAACAGCAUACACAUUCUAUAUCUGAUAUUACAAACUUACAAGAAACCUUAAACAGUAAAAGUGACGUUGGACAUACACAUACAUCUUCUGAAAUAACAGACUUAAACGUUAGCCUUGAAAAGAAAGCAGACAAGAACCAUACACAUACAAGUUUUACAACUGUUACUAUAGAAAGUAUUGAAGGAACGGUUGAAGAAACUGGUGGGGAUGUAUUAUAUUGUAAACCUCCUAACUUUCCACAAGGUUUAACAUCGGAUGACGACAUAACGACGAUGAGAAACAUUAGAUGUAAAGAUGUUUAUGUCAUGAAGGAUGAAAAUAACGUUAAAUUCACUGCUCAAGAUUUAUAUGAGAAGAAAGCAGACAAAACAGAGCUUCAAACAUUAAAGACGGAAAUACUUCAAACAUUAUAUCCUAUAGGCUCUAUUUAUACGUCAAUGAACUCUACCAGACCAGAAGUAGUACUUGGUUUUGGAACUUGGACUCAAAUAGUCGACAGGUUUUUGUAUUGUGCAAACUCUUCAAAGGAAACAGGUGGAAGUAAAACGAUUUCAGGUGAAAAUUUACCUGCACACAGUCACUACAUAGAUUUAAGUACAUCUCAAGCAGGUUGGCAUAAGCAUAGAUUUUGGGAUUGGUCAGCAAUGAAAAAAGGUAAAGGAUAUGAUGUUAAAGACGAAGUUCAGUUUGCUAUAAAUUGUUUCUGGGGUAACACUCAGGGAGAUGGAAACCAUACACAUCGCGUUUCAGGGUAUACGCAAACAACGGGACAAAGUAAAGAAUACAUGCCACCUUACAUGACAGUUUACGCAUGGUAUAGAAAUGCUUAG